UAUUGCCCUUGGAGGUUUUUUGCAAACCAUGGAGGAUCAUGCCAACAUCACUUUUCCACACAAUUUGAUAAGAAAAGCAUUUUAUCAUUUCUCUGCUCUGAGGGAGUACUCCUAUAACUAUUCAUGUGUCAGAUGUGGCCACAGUCCUCCGGUUUUGGUUGCAGAUGGAAACUGGAAAAUUGCAUUUGAUUUACCAGCACAUCUGUUUAGACGGCCAAAUUUGGACAAAAUCAGCCAAGAGGAUACUCAAGUUAAUGUCAGGACAAGAUGGGAGACCCUUGAGAAGGAAAUGACUGCUUCUGGGUCCUGUGAUGGCAACAAAUGUGCCAAUCCUUAUUCACGUCCCUUGACAUACACUGCCUUUACUCCUUGGCUGGGUAACUGCUCUAGGGUAAGUAAUAUUGUUCCAAAGACAGAAGUGUACAAAGGUCUAUCUCAGAAAGAUCGUGCUUUCACCUCUAGCUGUGGCUUGGAGAUAGAUGAAGAAGCCAUUUUGCAAGUGCUGGAGUCCAAAACUCCAAAGAAAGAAGCCUUGGUCAAAGCCUGCAAUGCCCUUGGAGUAUUACACGUGGGUAGUACCACUGACUUAAUAAACAGACUUGAGGAGCUACUCCUUUACAAGGACUUGUACCCCAAAAUGUUUGUUAAGCUUCAGAAGGCUGGUGGUAAGACAUUAUCAUACGUUAAAGGGUUAAGUUCACCCAUUUAGGAAAUUGUUGUCAUUACUCACCCUCAUGUCAUUCCAAACCCAGAAGACCUUUGUUCAUCUUUGGAACACAAAUUAAGAUAUUUGAUGAAAUCCGAGAGGUUUCUGACCCCCCAUAGAAUGCAACGAAAUAACCACUUUCAAGUCCCAGAAAGGUAGUUAAAAGUCAGUCUCCAGUAGAUCAACCUUAAUGUUAUGAAGCGACAAGAAUAAUUUUUUGUGCGCAACCC